GUGUAUUCAUUGUGGCAGCAAAGCGAACUCCUUUCGGGUCCUAUGGAGGGUCGCUGAAGGACUUCACGGCCACUGAUCUGACGGAACACGCCGCUCGAGCUGCAUUGGCUGCUGGCAAGGUCUCUCCGGAGAUCAUCGACAGUGUCAUUGUUGGCAAUGUAAUACAGAGCGCCACAGAUGCCAUUUAUAUUGCCAGACACGUUGGUUUACGUGUGGGCGUUCCUGUCCCAGUUCCAGCCCUCACUGUCAACAGACUUUGUGGCUCUGGUUUCCAGUCCAUUGCCAAUGGAUGUCAGGAGAUUUGCCUUAAUGACUCAGAAGUUGUUCUGUGUGGUGGAGCUGAAAAUAUGAGCCAGGCUCCUUUUGCAGUUCGAAACAUCCGAUUUGGAACCAGAUUAGGAGCAGAACUCAAGUUGGAAGACACGUUGUGGUCAGGUCUAACAGACACGCAUGUGAAAAUACCCAUGGCCGUCACAGCUGAAAAUCUGGCUGCAAAAUACAACAUCACGCGAGAGGACUGUGACCGGUACGCAUUGAAAACGCAACAGAGGUGCAAAGCUGCUCAAGAUGCUGGUUACUUUAAUGCAGAGAUGGCACCAAUUGAAGUGAAAACGAAAAAGGGGAAAGAAAGUAUGCAAAAGGACGAGCACCCAAAACCCCAGACCACUCUGGAACAACUGGCAAAACUUCCACCUGUCUUUAAGAAGGAUGGAACGGUCACCGCUGGGAAUGCUUCAGGGGUGUGUGAUGGAGCUGGCGCAGUCAUCAUUGCCAGUGAAUCAGCACUUAAAAAGCACAGUCUUACUCCGCUGGCAAGAAUAGUAGCCUAUCACUCAGCUGGCUGCGACCCUUCCAUAAUGGGCAUUGGCCCUGUACCUGCAAUUACCGAGGUUCUGAAGAAAGCAGGAUUGACACUGAAGGACAUGGAUUUGGUAGAGGUGAAUGAGGCAUUUGCACCUCAGUAUCUAGCUGUGGAAAAAGCUUUGGGCCUCGACCCUGAAAAAACUAACGUCAACGGAGGUGCCAUCGCUAUAGGUCAUCCUUUGGGAGCUUCAGGAUCACGGAUCACGGCUCAUCUGGUUCAUGAAUUAAGGCGUCGUGGUGGGAAAUACGCGGUUGGAUCAGCUUGCAUUGGUGGCGGACAAGGUAUUGCUCUUCUCAUUGAGAACACAGCCUGAGAGAUUCUGGAGACUGCUGUGUUGCCCGAAUUACUGAUUCCCUGAGAAACUCCUCCCUUUUGUGACAAUAAAUCAUCACUGCCUGCCUUCGUUUUGUGCCAUUCCUGCAAGGUAAAGGAAUAGCUAAGAAGUC